AUGGCUGUUUUAUUGUCCCGCGCGGCCGUGUCUGCACAAGGUGCCGAGGUGCCGGGCGACUUUGCUAUUGUUCUCUACGACUACUCCGUCGUCCUCGGCCCCCUUGGCUGGGGCGAAUCGACCCCGGAGAACAUGGGCGGCAAGAGGUUUCCGGAUUUCCCGCCCGAGGGAUUCAAAGGCAGGACCCUCCGCCGGGGGGACCCGGGGUACGCGGAGGCGCGGAAGAUCCCCAACGCCCGGUACGGCAGCGAGCCGGCCCUGAUAGCGCAGUGUCUCGACGCCGACGACAUCGUAGCGGCCGUCAAGUACUGCGACGCGCACGACGAGCCGAUUGCCAUCCGUAGCGGCGGGCACGCCAUUGACGGGCAUGCCAUGCCCCAAGACGCCUUUGUCAUUGACACGACGCCCAUGAAGAACAUCGCCGUCGACCCCGAGACGGGCGUCACCACCGUCGACGCCGGCGUCCUCCUGGGGGAAAUGGACGCCGCCACCCAGGAGCACGGGUACGUCGUGCCGGCGGGCACCGUGUCGGACACGGGGGCCGCGGGGCUCACGCUCGGCGGCGGCAUGGGCUACCUGACGCGGCGGUUCGGCAUGACGGUCGACAGCCUGCUCUCGGUGGACGUGGUGACGGUCCGGGGCGAGCGGCUGGUCGCGUCGAGGGACCGGAACCCCGAGCUGUUCUGGGGCCUCUGCGGCGCCGGGCACAACCUCGCCGUCGCCACCGCCGGCCCCAGCGUCGCCAUCGCCCUCCCGUGCCUCGGCGGCGCCAACCUCGACUUCCCCGAGGACUCGACGGCCUACUCGCGCCGCGGGGCCAACUGGAUGUGGGAGGUGCUGGGCCUGUGGGACACGCCGGACAAGGACGCCGAGUUUGUGCGCUGGGUCGACGGCGUCAUGGCCGCCAUGAAACCCCUCUCCCUGCGCAACGGCUACGUGAACCUCUCUUGCGACCAGGGGCCCGAGUGGCUGCGGAAUCUGUACGGCUCCCGGGAGAAGUGGGCGCGCAUCUGUGCGCUCAAGAAGGCGUUUGAUCCGCACAACCGGCUGCGGUACAACAAGAACGUCGCGAGGGCGGCGCUGCUGCAAGCUCCGGCCAGCUCGUCCUGGGUGCCAUCUCUUGAUAAUAAGCCCCGUGGGCCUCGGUAA